AUGGCCGAAGCUAGCUACCGGAGGAUGUGCUCGCCGGCCGCCGCCGCGUCGAAACAAGGGGAAGAGGCAGGCCAAGGGUUCGAUCUCUUCGCCAAUCAAGGGCUCCGUCUUCGCCGGCCUCUCUCUUCUGCGGCGGCGCGGCGCGCCGCGCGUAAUCGUCGUGCGCCGGCGACGCGGGGCGGUCGACAAGACCUCGGCACACGACACCUCGACGGCCGAAUCCGCCGUCACCCUGGCAGCCAAUCACCGCUGCCCACUGCGCCUCAGCCCGUCACCCGACCCCGUCACCUCGACGGCCAAAUCCGCCCGUCGCUCGACCCCGACCCCGACCCCGACCGCUGCCUCCGCGGCGUGGGACUGCGCCGGCGGCCGCCCUUCCCCUCCCCGGCUCCCCUCGAUCCCCAGCCCGGCAGCUCCACCCGGCAGCCGCCGCCCUGCAGCGCGCCUGCGCAGUGCGGUUUGCGCGGCCGGCGACUCCACCCGCCGCCCUGUGUGGCUGGGGCCCAGGCUACCGCGUGCCGUCAAGCGCUGGCCUGCUGCGGCGCCGCUCGUCGCAUCCCACCGGACAGCGGCCACUGCAGCAGGCGCGCGGCAGGCUACAGCCCGCAGCCGGGCAGGGGCCAACGCGCCCUGACCCCUCAGCCGACCGCCCGACUGGCCGAGUCCCCGACGCCGACGGCCACCAGUUGCAGCAGGUGCACGGCAGGAGGCAGGGGCACCCCGCAGCCCACACCCCCAAUUCGUAUGGACCCUCCUCUUCAUCUCGUGCACAUCAAGAUUCUGGCUGCGGACCUUCUGUCCCUUACCGUGCAGCAGACUUCGCCGCCUUCCUUUCUUCGCCGUGGCCGUACGGUUGCUCGUGCAGAGCUUGUCGGAAUUGUGGUCUCACGUGACCGUAGGGAGAAGUUCCUCCGCUUCUUGAUUGAUGAUGGCACUGGCUGUGUACCGUGCAUCCUAUGGUUGAACCACCAAUAUCUAAAUGCAAACGCUUCCUCCGGCCCAUCAGAUUCUGAUCCUACCGCAGAGAUGGCAUUGAAUAUGUCGGAGGAGGUGCGUCUAGGCACUCUUGUGAGGGUCCGAGGAAAGAUUGCCAUAUAUCGUGGUGCGAUCCAGAUUGCUGUUAGGGAUGUGGUUCUGGAGAAGGACCCCAAUGCGGAGAUUUCCCAUCACAAUCUCCAUUGGAUCCAAUUUCCCUUUUUGGAUUGUGUGCAAAAAGAAGUUCUAUCUUUCCCAGUUUGGAAACCCCCUGGACCAAACGAUUUGUUUGACAUUUGCUUCUUUGAUAAGAACUGUUGUUUCCUGUCAGCUAUAUAUUGCUUCUCCUUAGAAUUUAUAGCCCUAUCUUUAGUUACGCAAUGAUUGAGGUGGAGUCUGAUUAAAUCUUAGAACCUCCUCAGCUUUUCAUGACACAUAAAUUGGACAAGAGAUGCAAAAUUGCAUGACUUAUGUUUUCCUUAAAAGUAUCUGUUGCUCAAUUUGAGUUUGGGCAUUCAGUUCUUAUUUUUGUCACAGCUGCUAAAAGCAUGCACCCUGCAUUGUUCAAAGCUAUACCAUUGUCUGUAGGACAACAUUCUUUUUUUUUCAUACUGAAAGGACAACAUUCUUUCGGUAGCUAGAAGUUACAGUAUGUAGUCACAACUUUAUGGAAAGCCGUCGUCUUUUGAGGUCAUUGGACAACUUUUGAUCCAGAAUGGACCCAUUGGGCUCAGAAAGUUGGCACCUUCUGAUGAUUCCCACUUGCCUUUUCUCCUCUUCUCUCCUCCUGCUUUAUCCAUGGAGAUCUAAAUCUAUGCAUCAGAAUCUGCUGAGACCACCCCAAGGGAGGCAUAUCAAAAGAGGAGCUCAGUAGUACAAUCAUUGUUCGCAACAUUCUUCAGUCACUUGGUUGAUUCCCUGCAUAUGCACUUCCCUAAAGGCUUCCUUUUUAGCAUGCCAAAGAGACAGCCCAUGUUAUUGUGUUGCUAGUAAAUUUUCCAAUCUUCAACAUGGUCCAUUUCUAACAUAUUAGUUUGCCACUCGCAUGCUUUUGGAUAUGUUGAUUGGAGAUCAUUAGCUUCUGAAAUAUGUAGUUAUGCCAUCAUGCACGCUUAAAAAUGAAUAUUAGAAUAACAUUUCUGUUCUCCAUAUUUAUGUUUGUAUAUGUAUG